AUGUUAAUUAAUGCUUAUAUGGACAUAAAAAGAAAACAUAUAAAAAUUAUAGCAAAAAAUGUGAACUCUUCCUAUUUAGAUUAUUAUUUUAAAAGAUGGUAUGUCACGGAUAUAUGUAACAACUUAAAAUUACCAGAUAAAACUAGAUACAAACUAAAUAGUAAUUUAUUUUACUUUAAUACUUUUAAUACAUUAAACGAAUUGAAAAAAGACGAGAUAAAAAACAAAAAUUUCCAAACAUAUCCUAAAAUUAAUAAUAAACAACAUGUUAUAAAUAAUGAAAAUUCAUAUUACUAUAAUAUUGAUAAUUGUUUAAAAUAUGAUCAAUAUCAAAUAAAUAAAGAGGAAAGAGAAAAAAAGAUACCUAACAGUAAUUGUUAUUAUAUGAAUGAAAAUAAUCAUAUUCAUUAUAUUAAGAAUGACCAGAAUAUUCCCAUAAAUUAUAACAAAAUAAAUAAUUAUAGAAAUAAUAUAAAUAGUUAUACAAAUAAUAUUAAUAGUUAUACAAAUAAUAUUAAUAGUUAUACAAAUAAUAUUAAUAGUUAUACAAGUUGCAUUUUUAAUAAUAUAGUAAAUAACAAUAGUAACAAAAAAUAUUUAUUCCAAAUACAAAUAAAAAAUAAUGUGUGCACAUUACAUAAUAUAAAAUACGGGAGAUAUGAUAAAAGAAAUGUUUAUCCAAGUAGAAAUGUACAAAAUGUAUAUAAUAAUAAUAAGAAAAUACAAGAAAAAAAAAAUAUUCCACAUAUAGAAACGAAUAUAAAUUUAGAUGAUGUAGCACGAGAUAUUAAAUAUGCAGCUCAAUAUUCCAAAAAAAAAGGAUUUCUUUCAUCGAUAUUUGUUAGAAAAUUAUCUUUAUUUAUGAAUAAUUUAUUUGAAAAACAUUUAUUAUUAAUGAAUUGUAUUAUAGCUGGUACUUUAUAUUUUAUAGCUGAUCUAACAUGUCAAAUGAUGGAAGUACAUAAAAAUAAUAAUGACGUUGAAUAUGAUUUUUUAAGAACAUUAAGAAUGGCACUUAUAGGAUUAACAUUAGAAGGACCAAUUAUGACAUGGUGGUAUGGUAAAAUAUUAGCCAAUUUUAUUAAAUCAAAACCUGAUACAUUUUUAUAUAAAUCUUUUAUACCAACUUUAUUUGAUAAUUUUAUUUUUGGUCCUAUACAUUUGACAAUUUUCUUUUUUUAUAAUGGUAUACUAAAAAAUCAAAGGAAAUCAGAAAUUAUUGAUAAAAUAGUUAAUACAGGUAUGAAAGUUUUCUUCAUAUCCUUAAUGACAUGGACACCACUCACUCUAAUUAAUUUUGUUUUUGUUCCAAGAAUUUAUCAAGCUACCGUCGUUUUUUUUGCUGAUUUUUUUUGGGUCAUUUUUCUAUCAUGGUGUGCCAACAAAAAAUAA